AUGCACGCCUCCAUUUUCGCUGGAUCAAUUGGCUACAUUUUGGACAUUUCCGCUAUCCCACCUCUGCCUCUGUACGUGCUACUGGCCGUCGACUCGCUGAAGGCUAGUGACUUGGCCGUUAGACCGGGUGGUCAGGAUACCGGAGAGGCGGAGCCUUCAGGAAAUGACACUUCAGGCAGCCAAGGCGGUGAGUGUAUACUGGACAUUUGGAAUUCAAUAGAUCUGAAGGCUGGUGGUGCGAGAUCAAGAGAACACAGUAUUUCAGGGAUCGGAUGA